GCUGAAGCGGCGGCGGUAGCGGCGGUGGCCCGGCGGGGGGCGGCGAGUGGCCCGCGCGACACGCGCCGGCCCGGACCUUAUGCGGUGACUCGCGCGGCGCAGGCGCCUCCUGCCCCGCCGGCGGGGCUCGGGUUUCCCGCGGCGGGAUGUUCUCCCGAAGGAGCCACGGGGAUGUGAAGAAGUCCACCCAGAAGGUGCUGGACCCCAAGAAGGACGUGCUGACCCGCCUGAAGCACCUGCGGGCGCUGCUGGAUAAUGUGGAUGCAAGUGAUCUUAAGCAGUUUUUUGAGACCAACUAUUCUCAGAUAUAUUUCAUCUUCUAUGAAAAUUUUAUAACACUGGAAAAUAGUUUGAAAUUAAAAGGGAAUAAUAAGUCACAAAGGGAGGAGCUGGACUCCAUCCUCUUUCUUUUUGAAAAAAUACUGCAGUUUCUACCUGAACGAAUUUUCUUUCGAUGGCAUUACCAGAGUAUAGGCUCAACUUUAAAGAAGCUUCUACACACUGGAAAUUCUAUUAAGAUAAGAUGUGAAGGGAUCAGGCUGUUUCUUCUGUGGCUUCAAGCACUUCAGACAAACUGUGCAGAAGAGCAGGUGCUGAUUUUUGCUUGCCUUGUGCCUGGUUUCCCAGCAAUCAUGUCAUCCAGAGGGCCCUGUACGCUGGAGACACUCAUCAGUCCUAGCCCUAGUGGAGCUGAUGCAAAGGUAUAUCCAGAAGAAAUCACUCCACUCCUACCAGCCAUAUCGGGGGAAAAGAUUGCUGAGGACCAAACAUGCUUUUUUCUUCAAAUACUAUUGAAAUAUAUGGUUAUUCAGGCUGCAAGCUUGGAGUGGAAGAAUAAGGAGAAUCAAGAUACUGGUUUUAAAUUUCUUUUUACAUUGUUUCGAAAGUAUUAUCUUCCUCAUUUAUUUCCAUCAUUUACUAAGUUAACAAACAUCUACAAACCUGUACUUGACAUCCCCCAUUUGAGACCAAAGCCAGUGUACAUUACUACGACUCGAGACAAUGAAAACAUUUACAGUACAAAAAUUCCAUACAUGGCAGCUCGCGUUGUUUUUAUUAAGUGGAUUGUCACUUUCUUUUUGGAAAAAAAGUAUUUAACUACAACACAAAACACUAAAAAUGGAGUUGAUGUGUUGCCCAAAAUCAUACAGACUGUUGGUGGUGGUGCGGGGCAAGAGAGAGCACCGGAGCUGGAUGGCGGUGGGCCCACAGAGCAGGACAGAAACCAUUCCAACAGCAGCACCUUGUCUGACCGAAGACUCAGCAACUCCAGCCUUUGUAGCAUUGAAGAAGAGCACCGCACAGUGUAUGAAAUGGUACAGCGGAUUCUCUUGUCGACACGAGGUUAUGUCAACUUUGUGAACGAAGUCUUUCGCCAGGCAUUCUUGUUGCCUUCCUGUGACAUAGCUGUAACAAGGAAGGUAGUUCAAGUGUACCGAAAGUGGAUCCUCCAGGACAAACCUGUGUUCAUGGAAGAACCAGAUAAAAAAGACGUUGCCCAAGAAGAUGCUGAGAAACUAGGAUUUUUAGAGACUGACAGCAAAGAGACCUCGUCGGAAAGUUCCCAUCAUAAGCGCUCUUCCAGUUGGGGACGCACAUACUCCUUCACGAGUGCAGUGAGCAGAGGCUGUGUGACAGAAGAGGAAAAUAAGAACGUGAAAGCCGGGGCCCAGGCUAUGCUGCAGGUAUUUUUGACAAAUGCUGCAAAUGUCUUUUUGCUGGAACCAUGUGCUGAGGUUCCCAUGCUCUUGAAAGAACAAGUCGAUGCCUGUAAAGCUGUUUUGAUUAUUUUUAGGCGUAUGAUAAUGGAGCUUACAAUGAAUAAAAAGACAUGGGAACAGAUGUUGCAAAUACUACUCAGGAUAACAGAAGCUGUCAUGCAGAAGCCAAAGGAUAAACAAAUAAAGGACUUGUUUGCCCAGAGCUUGGCAGGGUUACUGUUUAGGACGCUCAUGGUGGCGUGGAUCCGAGCAAACCUCUGUGUAUACAUUUCUCGAGAGCUCUGGGAUGACUUUCUUGGCGUGCUGUCCUCCCUCACGGAAUGGGAGGAGCUCAUAACUGAGUGGGCCAACAUCAUGGACUCCUUGACAGCAGUGCUCGCAAGAACUGUUUAUGGAGUUGAGAUGACAAACCUACCUUUGGACAAAUUAAGUGAACAAAAGGAAAAGAAGCAGCGAGGCAAAGGUUGUGUUCUAGAUUCUCAGAAAGGAACCACUGUGGGGAGAUCCUUUUCUCUCAGCUGGCGGAGCCACCCAGAUGUGACUGAACCAAUGCGAUCUAGGAGUGCCACCACAUCUGGGGCACCAGGAGUUGAGAAGGCAAGAAAUAUUGUUCGCCAAAAAGCAACCGAAGUGGAAGAAUGUCAGCAAUCAGAAAAUGCACCUGCCAUGGAAUCUGGCUGCCUGGGGGCAGAGCAGCAUAUCAUUCGGAGCAGCAGCACACCUGACGUCACUGAGCCGCCCCGCCCAGAUUCCUCUCAGGGUCAAAAGGUAGAAAAUAUACAGACUUUGAGUUCUUCAGAGUCCAAGCCUAUUCAAGAAAAUAAAGGAUAUGUGAAGAAAGAACAUGAAGGAAUAACAAUCUUAAUCAGAAGAAGCAGCAGCCCUGCUGAAUUGGAUUUAAAAGAUGAUUUGCAGCAGACACAAGGAAAAUGUAAGGAAAGACAGAAGAGUGAAAGUGUCAGCAGUGACACAGCUCUGGGCUAUAACAACGAGGCAGAGCUGUCCAUGAGCCCAUGGCCAACCUGUGACGAAGACCCAGAACUGAGCACUCCCACAGAUGUUGUGACUGACUCUGAUGCCCGCCACUGGUUACAACUGAGUCCCACUGAUGCUUCAAACUUAACAGAUAGCAGUGAGUGCCUUGCAGAUGACUGCAGUAUAAUUGCUGGAGGGAACCUUACCGGUUGGCACCCAGACUCUGCCGCUGUGUUAUGGCGAAGAGUCCUGGGAAUCCUCGGGGAUGUGAAUAAUAUCCAGUCCCCCAAGAUUCAUGCCAAAGUUUUUGGCCAUCUCUAUGAACUCUGGUACAAGCUAGCAAAGAUACGGGAUAAUCUGGCAAUAAGCCUGGAUAACCAGUCUUCUCCGUCUCCACCGGUGCUGAUCCCACCACUCAGAAUGUUUGCAUCAUGGCUAUUUAAGGCGACAACAUUGCCAAACGAAUAUAAGGAAGGCAAACUGCAAGCCUACAGACUGAUCUGCGCCAUGAUGACCAGACGCCAGGACGUUCUGCCAAACAGGGACUUCCUAGUGCAUUUUUACCUUGUGAUGCACCUGGGAUUAACCAGUGAGGAUCAGGAUAUCUUAAAUACCAUUAUAAGGCACUGUCCACCGCGCUUCUUCUCCCUGGGUUUGCCUGGCUUCUCAAUGCUGGUGGGGGACUUCAUCACGGCUGCUGCCAGGGUCCUCAGUACAGACACGCCGGCGGCACCUCAUUCAGAAGCUCUCACCAUUCUUGGUUCUCUUGUCUGCUUUCCAAACACCUACCGGGAGAUCCCUUUGCUGCAGUCUGUGCCGGAAGUCAGUGAAGUCAUCACAGGAACCGAAGACGUCAAGCAUUACCUCAUAAAUAUUUUACUGAAGAAUGCCACAGAGGAACCAAAUGAAUGUGCAAGAUGCAUCGCCAUUUGCUCCCUCGGGGUCUGGAUAUGCGAAGAGCUUGCCCAGUGCACGAGCCAUCCUCAGCUGAAAGAGGCCAUCAAUGUGAUAGGCGUCACUUUGAAGUUUCCUAACAAAGUCGUGGCUCAGGUGGCCUGUGAUGUUCUUCAGUUGCUGGUUUCCUACUGGGAAAAGCUUCAGAUGUUUGAAACCUCUCUGCCUCGGAAAAUUUCAGAAAUCCUUGUGGCCACAAUUGCUUUUCUUUUACCAAGUGCAGAGUACUCCUCAGUGGAAACAGAUAAGAAGUUUAUUGUAUCCUUGCUACUCUGCCUCUUGGACUGGUGCAUGGCAUUGCCAGUGAACACCCUUCUCCACCCAGUGUCCACAGUAGCCCUGGAGGAGCAGCACUCGUGCAGAGCCCCUUUGCUGGAUUAUAUCUAUAGGGUUCUGCACUGCUGUGUGUGUGGCUCAAGCACAUAUACUCAACAGAGUCACUACACACUGACCCUGGCCGACCUGUCAUCCCCGGAUUACGACCCCUUCCUGCCACUGGCAAAUGUGAAGAAUUCGGAGCCAGUCCAAUAUCAUUCAUCAGCAGAUUUGGGCAACCUGCUCACAGUGGAAGAGGAGCGGAAGAGGAGGAGUUUGGAGCUGAUCCCUCUGACCGCCCGCAUGGUGAUGGCCCACCUGGUGAACCACCUGGGGCACUUCCCACUCCGUGGGGGUCCUGCCGUGCUGCACAGUCUGGUCAGUGAGAACCAUGACAAUGUACACACCGAAGCUCCCGAGCUGUCCUCUGAGGUGUUCCGGAGCCCAAACCUGCAGCUCUUUGUGCUGAAUGACAGCACCCUCAUCUCCUACCUUCAGACACCCGCAGAAGGGCCAGCAAGUGGCUCGCCGGGGGGCGCCUUGUCCGAUGUCAGAGUAAUUGUGCGGGAUAUCUCAGGGAAGUACUCUUGGGAUGGAAAGGUUUUAUAUGGACCUUUGGAAGGCUGCUUAGCACCCAGCAGCAGAAAUCCUGCAUUUCUGAUUUCCAGCUGGCAUCCUCAAGCUUUGGGAGCUCAGAAAGAUUUUUCUCAAACUGAGGAGGGAGAAGAUGUGCUUGACAAAUUACUUGAAAACAUUGGCCACACGAGUCCCGAAUGCCUUCUACCAUCACAGCUAAAUCUAAAUGAGCCUUCCCCACCCCCGCGAGGAAUGACCCGUGACCAAGAGAAGGAAAUCAUCGAGGUCAUUUUGCGCCAGAACGCCCAAGAAGACGACUAUAUCCAGAGGUGUAACUCUGACUCAGCCAUGAAAGUCACCAGCCAGGAGCAGCCCUCACCAGUGGAGCCACGAGGACCCUUUUAUUUCUGCAGGUUGUUGCUCGAUGACUUGGGGAUGAAUUCUUGGGACAGAAGAAAGAAUUUCCAUCUGUUGAAGAAAAAUUCAAAACUAUUGAGAGAGCUAAAAAAUCUGGACUCCCGUCAGUGCCGUGAAACACACAAAAUUGCAGUGUUUUACAUUGCUGAAGGUCAAGAAGACAAGUGUUCUAUCCUCUCCAACGUAAGAGGAAGCCAAGCAUAUGAAGACUUUGUUGCUGGACUUGGAUGGGAGGUGGAUCUUUCAACCCACUGUGGGUUCAUGGGUGGACUUCAGCGCAACGGCAGCACGGGGCAGACUGCCCCUUACUAUGCUACCUCGACUGUGGAAGUGAUUUUCCACGUUUCAACUCGGAUGCCAUCAGACUCAGAUGAUUCACUCACCAAAAAGCUUCGUCACUUGGGGAAUGACGAGGUCCACAUCGUCUGGUCUGAACACUCCAGGGACUACCGCAGGGGCAUUAUCCCGACUGCCUUUGGAGACGUUUCAAUCAUUAUUUACCCAGUGAAGAAUCACAUGUUCUUUAUCGCGAUCACGAAGAAACCCGAGGUUCCAUUUUUUGGGCCUCUGUUUGAUGGAGCCAUAGUGAGUGGAAAGCUAUUGCCAAGCCUUAUAUGUGCCACAUGCAUCAAUGCCAGCAGGGCUGUGAAGUGCCUCAUCCCACUCUAUCAGAGCUUCUACGAAGAGAGAGCUCUGUACCUCGAAGCAAUAAUUCAGAACCACCGAGAAGUAAUGACGUUUGAGGAUUUCGCGGCCCAAGUCUUUUCUCCCUCGCCCAGCCCCUCCCUCGGCGGAACGGAUUAAAAUACGUAAAGGUCUCAUUGCCACGUUUGAGCAAGGGCCCUGGCCACCAGCCCUAGUGCCUACCUCGCGGCGCCUUUUGGCAAGGAGGAGAUGAAUGAGACUUCCCUCUUUCCCGACCCCAGAACCCCAAACCCAGAGACUCCAGGAAACAUCACUGCUCUGCUAAUGCCCUCCACACAUCUUCCCAUUGACGGACUUCCGAAGUUGAAGGUGAACCCCCCAAGAUGUUGAGGGUUGGAUUUUCUCACUCGGCUGUGUCAUCUUGCUCUAGGACCUCACGAAACUUGGGCUUCAAACAAGAAAAAGGGAAAGUCACCAACAACCAGAGACAAACCCAUGCUUGUGGGCAUCGGUGUGGCUGCACCAGGGCAGGGACAGCAGGAGAAGAUGCUGGGCAUUCGGGGAAGGGGUGGGGGGUAGCUGGUUUCUGUACUCCGAGUUGUUUCCUCUCAUUUAUAAACCCAAGCAUGAUUCACAGAAGGGCCAGCAAAAUAGCUGUCAAACAGGAAUUUUUUCCACAUUGAUUUCACUAGUGCUGAUGUUAGGAUUUAUGGUUUACUCAAAAAUUUCAUCAUCAUGGAAAUUGGCUUUCCCUAGGGUCUUUUGCCCAGGAGAAAUUUUAUAUGAGUCGCUGAGUGUUUUCCACCUGGUGCCUAAUGCCCACUAACUGGGGAGAGGUUUUCCCAAGCAUCCUCCUGGAGGUCCUCAGAUGACUCUAGAAACAGGGUCCUAUCCCUGUGAAAGCUCCUUAAGGUCAGGAAGCUUAGUGGGCCCAGCUCAGGAUAGCACUAGGUUGACGCACAGGGAAUGCACCCGUGCGGGCACUCGACUGAGACGGGCACCCCCUACGAUGUCCCUCUGCCUCCAGAAGCUUCGCCCUGCAGUUGUGCUCUCCUGCCCGCUGCUGAGAGAGAGCCAUGGCACAAUGGGUGCUUUCUACACAUUUGGCUCCAAGGAAGGCAUGUUGAGCCUGUUUAAGAAAAAAAAAAAAAAAAGAAAGAAAAACCUAACCUUCUAUCUGCACUCUCCCAGCAUCCUUGCUGGGGGUUUGAGGGUGUCAGUGACAGAAAAAUCAGUCAGUUCAGAAGACCUCUUCAGCCCUCUGCCUCUUGCCUAGGCCUGCAGCCUGCUCCAGAGUAAGCCUGGGACUCAGAACUGGGGGCAGCAGCCACUGAGGCCCAGAGAAGGAUCAGCCAUGCGAGGGUGCUUCCCCACCUCCCUUGACUCUCUACUUCUCUGCUCUUGUGCCCACUUUGUUACCCUCAGUGGCUGUGGUCACCUUCCUGGGGAGUCCUCUGAGCCCCCUCACUCCAUCAGAGUGGCUGUUUUCACUGACCAGUCAGUUCUGUCCGUCAGCCAUCGGCUUGGUUUGGCUAGUACCCAACCGUUGCAGGAGAAACAAGCAGGUCCCAGGAACUAGACUUGCUUCUGGGACAAUGGGGAAAGAUUGAGAAGUUCCUACUCAAAGGAUAGACCUUCUAAUUCUAGAGAGAAUUUGUUUUUCAGCUUUGUAGAAAGCCUCACGUAGAGCAUGAGGUCCAGGCCCACAGACAGAAGCAGCUUGGAUAUCACCCGAACCUGAGAGAAACAGAAGUAAGCCUCAGUCACUUUGGGCUGUUCUGUAAACCCGUCCAGUUGGUUCACUCACUGGGGGCUUAAUGGCACUGUUAAGGGUGACUGGAAGUCCUGCCAUUUUCUGUUGUGUGGGCAAAUGCCACGAUUCUUAUCUUUCCCACUCCUGCCCCAACACCCCCCCCCCACCUGUGUAAUAAUUUGGGCUUUCUGGGAUGUCCCCAGUGGCUCAGACUCAAGAUUUGUUGAGUCUGCUUUGUUGCAUAUUUACCGAGUGCCCAGACCUACUUCCUGCAGGGAAGGGCAUCACAUGUUCCUGGGCUCCAGAGUCCCAGUUAGGCUCUGAUGGCAAGUAGUUUCUGGGAGAACAUGUCAUUUCCAGGCUCUAGAAACCCCUGUGGCAGAAUUCUCAGAUUUAGUUGAAGUGUCAGGACUUGGAAGUCACAUUGAACUCCUGUGGACUUCUGCUCCAGGAUUCCAUCUUACCUCCCGGAAUAAGUCCUCCUAACCUGCAAAUUGGGAAAUUCAGUUGUAGGCAGCAAAUAACUAGACUUCUUGUAAGCCCUACUGAUUUUAACAUCCCCGUGACCCCAGACUCCAACCAGCCACUUGGGGACUGGAGCUUCAUCUGAACCCACUGUUGUCAGCAGCAGCCUUGGUCUGGAAGAGGGGACCAGGGAAUCUAGCAACCACGUUUGCUUACAAUCACGUGGACUUGAAUUGCUUUUGUUAUUUGGGGUGGAAAAUUGGAAUGAUCAAGUUCCUUUUUUUUUUUUUCACUUAGAAAAGCAAAUAUUGUGCUUUUGUAAUAAAUGCCUUUCAGCAAAAUUGUGGAGGGUCACUCAUCCAGCGGGGACCCACCUGAGUCACAACGCUGACUCUUCACAUUAGCAGGUCAGCCAUCUGUAUGUGAAACUGGCCCUAAUCAGCCCAAAAUGGAUAAGAUUUGCUGGCUUCCAGGCAGGGCCAGGCCAGUCCCCUCACUUCUCUGCACACUGAUUUCUGUCCAAAGCAAAGUUGAUGUUCCACAGUCUCACUAAGGUUUUUGUACUUUAAAAAAACAAAAUGAUGACUUUUUAAAAAUAGUUAAAUCUUAAGUAGACCAUAGUGAGGAAGUCUAGCUUGGGUGACUGUCACAGGGUCUCCAUGCAGUGAAGCCUGCAGCUGCUAAGAGCCACAGGGAGGGACGGGACUUAAGCCUUGACUUCAUAAGAGGGGCUGACUGAUCAGACCCUCAGCCUUACAAACAAGAGAUCAUGCGGAUCCGUAGACAAUGCAAAUCACGUCUUCCUGACCUUCCUCCCGGUGUGGCCACCUGCGCUUCACUUCCUGUUACAUUUGUGUCAUCUGGGGGUUUGAGGGAUCUUUUAAAACGUACUGUGAUGUCUUACAUGUAAGUGCGUUACGUCUAGAUCUACUGAAGGAGAAUGUCCACAUCAGGAGGGAAGUUCACCAUGAAACAACCAUCGUUCUAGUUGUGCUCAGUAUCUAUGUAUGACAUACACAUGAAGUGAAUGUUUUCUUAUGGUUUCAGGUCUACAACAUUUAGUACAUGUAAAUAAGAAAAAAAUUGAUAAAUAUAGUAAAUUAAGUUAUAAUAUGUCAUUUGAUUUUAAUUUUGCUAUCUCAUAUUUAAUUUGCCCAAUGCCCCACAUCUGAGUUUAUGCCUAGGUGGUAUAGACCCCUACGUACAACCCACCUUUGCAGACGCGUGUGUGCUACACCCAGAAAAGCACACAACUCCACUGAUGACCACCACUCGACUCUCCAGUUUACCCUCUUUUUGUCUUUAAUUCUGAUUUACUGUGAUGAUUUAAUAAAGUAGAAACACAA